AUGGCUAAGAAACAAAAUGGGUACGAGUAUUCGACACAGGACACAGACCUGCCGUACUGGCUUGGAGAAAUAACAAAGGAUUUAAAGGAAACACAUAUAAAAAAUUCCAUUGAUAAGUCUAGUAAUUGGAACCUUGAACCAAAUAACGUUAAUUUUGAAAAUUUUGGUACCAAUAAAAAUUUAAGAUUAGUUCGGCGAACUUCGUUUGAUCUAGAUUUAUUAUUGAAACCUGAAUCACAAGCAGUUGCUCAUUCUGCAGGAACACUUCGCAACAAUCGUAAUACAGGAGUCAUACACAAUGGACGACAUAAUAAAUAUUCAAAUUUGAAUCAAAUUUGCAACAGGGAUUCGCAAGUUGAGAUUGGAAAUGACUUUUUAUCGGAUCUCCUUCCACAUUAUGUAACACCGAGGCAUAGAAGAAACGAUAGUUCUAUUGACAAUGAUUUUCAUGAUGUUAUAAUUGGCACCAGAACUCAGGAACUUUUAAAAAGCAAUAGAAAGAUACCGAAGGAAGCAUCCUUAUUUACGAAUGACAAUACAAAACACAAUAUUUCCAUAAAUAAUUAUCCAAACAAACCGUCAUCCGUCGUCGUAUCAAAACAGGGAAAUGAAAGACGGAAAAAAGAUUUUAUUAUACCCGAGUUACCAGAAGGAAGGCUAUUGGAAAUAAAAGUAUUCUCCAAUUGGGGUGAUAAGUUUUUGGUAGGAUUAAAUGGCAUUGAGCUUUUCGAUAAUAACGGGGAAAUUGUAUUGAUUGAAAAGGUAUGGACAGAUUCAGACACUGGCGAUCAUUCAAAAUACGGUCAGGUGGAUAAUUUAAUAGAUGGGAUAGUCCGUACCAGAGAUGAUAGACACACAUGGAGUGCACCGGCACCGCAAGGGCUACCGAUUGCCUUAAGCGUUUUGCUUGCCAAAUGUACCAAACUAGCUUUAUUGAGGAUUUGGAACUACAAUAAGUCUCGCAUCUACUCCACCAGAGGUGUUCGUUUAGUCCAAGUGAAACUUGAUGAUCAAGUAAUAUUUCACGGGGAAAUAGCACGAGCUAGUGGUGAAGUUAAAGCACAGCUACCCUCGUUUGGAGACACAAUUCUUUUUACCAAAGAUGCAAGUAUACUUGAAGCCAUAAUGAUAAAUGACAAAAAUUUUCAAGCAUUGCUUAAGGAUAAUGAACCGGUUGCUGAAACGAAUACAGUUGAAAACCGCCCACUUACCGCUAACGGCAAUAAAAACAAUACUCUAAUUAAUAUGAGAGGAGACAGUCCGAAAAGUAAGGAAGAAGCAAAAUACAUCGCAAAGGAGAUUAAAUUGACCCUUUUAUCGAAUUGGGGCCAGAGACAUUUGAUUGGCUUGACGGGAAUUGAUUUGUUAUGUAACAACAAUCCUGUAAAUAUAAUCCGUGGUUAUGCUUAUACGAGCUUCAUGGUCGACGACCAAGCUAAUUUUGAAGGAGGCCUAAUAGACUGCAAAAGUCUUUUCAAUGGCAUAAACAUAACAACAGAAUUUGAAUACAUGUGGUGUACCAAUUUUAUGCCAGGAACAAAUUAUUGUCACAUUGUUAUGGAGCUACAAGAACCCACGGAAAUAACAGGUAUUCGAAUUUGGAAUUACAAUGCCAAUAUGGAACUGUCAUAUAGUGGCGCGAAACACGUGCGAUUGUCGCUAGAUGGCACUGCUCUAAACAAACGGCCAUUGCUUUUAAGACGUGCUCCGGGAGAGACGUGUUAUGAUUAUUUACAGCACAUUGAUCUGGCUUCUAUCGAUGAUAGGUUAAGCGUGAAAGAGAAUAAGGUCUUCAAUCAAAUCAUGUACGAAAGUAGCCUUACACUGGGAGCUCCCACGGGUUUUGUGCUACAGAUAAAUAUAUUCUCUACUUGGGGAGAUCCAUAUUACGUAGGACUCACGGGGAUUGAGCUCUAUGACCCGCAAGGAAACAUUAUCGAAGUAACAGAAACGAAUGUGUGUGCACAACCGGCGAGCGUAAACGUUCUUGAUAGCCUUGCGAAGGAUGUCCGUACACCGGACAAAUUAAUAGAUGGCCACAAUUCUAGUGGUGCUGAUGCACAGCAUUCAUGGCUCGCACCUGUCUUACCUGACACUCUCAAUAGGGUAUUUUUUGUUUUUGAUGUUCCAAUCUGUGUCUACGGCAUGAAAAUAUGGAAUUACGGGAAAACACCAACUCGGGGUGUGAAAGAAUUUGGGGUUCUCAUGGAUGAUCUGCUUAUAUUUAAUGGCACCCUUGAUAUGGCCAAGAGUGAAUCCAUAAUACCGCAGUGGAUAUGUUUCCAAGAGAUUGAUCUUGUAAAUCUGACACCAAGUCCCUCUGAUGCAAGCCAUCGUACUACCACAAGUGGAUCCGGACAAUCAGUUGACCAAAAUGAGAGACCAUACACGAGCGUAUAUUCAAUACGAACAAAAAAACAUAAAUAAAAUGCUCUUAGCAUUCGAUUAUAUAUUGAUGUUAAAUUUAGCUUGUGAUGUUUUAAAAAAAUGUUUAAAAUAU